AUGCGUGACCUCACCGAGUUCGAAAAAGGGCAAAUUGUUGAGGGUCGAAUAGCAGGAGCUUCCGUCACCAGAACAGUUGAACACCUUGGUUUUUCGAGAGAUACCAUAUCAAGGACUGUGACAGAAUUUGAGAAGCAGGGCAAAACCUCUAGCUCGAGGAGUAAGUCCGGCAGGACUUCGAAGCUCACUGAAAGAGACCGACCAGAGUUGAAUCGUAUUGUGAUGGAAAAUCACCAGGCAACUACCCCUAAAGUAACUACAGAGUUGAAUCAACAUUUGACUAACCCAGUUUCGAACAAAACUGUUCGCCAUGAGCUCAAUAAAACUGGAUAUCAUGGCAGAACCGCUAUCUGGAAACCUCUGCUUUCUCAUCAAAGCAUUCAGAAAAGGCGUAGAAAUCACAAGGUGUAG